UGUUGUUAUUGUUGCCUUUCUUCACUCGAGAGGUCAUGCAACUUGAGUUUAAACCCGAUCCAAAUACCACAGCUCCAUCCGCCAUUGUGUGUGACUCUUCGUAAAGACUCGGGGAUGGGGCUUAACUAUGUGCCAAGUCGGACACAACUCUCCACACUGUUCAGAGCAGUCAGUCCUCUCACACACAUCUGGAACACAAUGAAAAAUUCCACAAGAUCAUCGGAAUAUAGAUGGGAAUAUGAGGACUACUAUGAUUACAUGGAUCCAGUCUUGGUGAAUGCAAGUACACUGACAUAUAACAGAUAUUCAAUUGUCCUCAUUUUCUGGGUCCUUUUGGCAGCAUUCAUUGGAUUUUUCUUUUUGAUUUUGAUACACAUCUCACACACCGGGCAGCUGUCAAGGGGCCCUGGUGUUAAAAAAUCUGGCUUGCCACUGAUGAAAGAUCAAGAAUCUCCCAGGACAAGAUAUGAAUGAAUGUUCCUGUUUGCUGGCAAUGAGAAAUUAAACUCAUAAUGAUCUUUACUUAAAUGUGAAAAGUGCCAUUGAAUCACUAUUAAAAAAAAAUUACAUUAAACCAUGAUUUCACAAUUAACC